AGAGUUGAAGGAGUGUGGUUGGAUACCAGUGAUUGGGUAAAGGAAGGGGUUAAGCGGUUGGUUGGUUGAUACAUCCAGUAGCAGUAGACCCUUGGAGGAUGUGCCAGUCAUACAGGAUAACUCAGAAGACAAGUACAGAGGGAAGAGAGAUAAAGGGAAAGAACACGUUAAUUGAGAAAUAACGGAGAAGUUCACAUUCCCAGACGACACGAAGACGGAGGGGGAAGUACUAUUGUUCAAAGAGCUCUAGAACAAGAGAAAGAGAGAGAGAGAGAGACAGAGAGAGAGUGAAAGAGAGAAAGAGAGCGAGAGACAAAAAGAAAGAGAGAGAGAGAGUGAGAGAGAGAGAAACAGAGGGUGGACAUUGACUCCAUAGGGUACCCAUUCUCUACUGCGUCAGUAGAACAGACUGACGCUGUCUGCUUCGCUCCAGACGAUCCUCCACACACUUCUCCUUUCAUCCCUCCCUCAUCCAACCAUCCAUCUAUCUUUCCGUCCUUCCAGUGAGGAAGAGGAGGAGAGAUGAAGAGACCUCAUAAUGACUAUAGUUCUCCAGAUUCUGAUGACAUGGACGAGCUGAUCGAUGUGGGACAGGAAGACAGCUUCUGUCCAGUCACUGGGUCCAUGUCCCCAGGAAGCACUUCCCAGAUUCUGGCCCGGAAGAUGAGAAGAGGGAUCAUAGAGAAGAGACGCAGAGACAGGAUCAACCACAGUCUAUCAGAGCUUAGAAGACUGGUGCCCACCGCCUUGGAGAAACAGGGCUCGUCUAAGCUGGAGAAGGCAGAGAUUCUGCAGAUGACGGUGGACCACCUUAAGCUGCUGCAUGCCAUGGGGGGAAAAGGGUACAUUGAAGCGCAGGUCCUGGCGGUGGACUAUAGGACCCUGGGAUUCAGACAGUGUGUAGGGGAGGUGGUCCGGUACCUGAGCUCUUUAGAAGGAGGGGUGGACUCCCCAGACCCUAUCGGAGCCCGCCUGGUCUCCCACCUCUCCCACUGUGCCAGCCAACUGGACCCCCUCCUCCUUCAGUCGGCCCCCACCUCCUCCACCCUCCCCUUUCCCCCCUGGCCAUGGAUCUCCUCUAUCUCCUCCUAUCACCAGAUGUCACCUGCCUCGUCUCCCCCCUCUCCAUCUUUCUCUGCGGGGCGGAGGGAGCUGGCACGCCUGGGGGGUGGGGGUUACCCGUCCCACUCAGCCGGCACCCUGCGUCUCGCCCCCCUGGAGUGCCAACAGUGGUCCCAGCUUGCCCCUGCCCUGGUGUCUGGGGUUCGCAGGGUGCCCUCUCUACCCCCUCCUUCCUCCCCUGCCCUCACCCCCUCCCCCAUUCAGCAGUCCCCUGGAUCACCCCUCCUCACCACCUCCUCCUCUACCUCCUCCUCCACCUUCUCCUCCUCUCCCUCUGCUCCUCCACAAGUCACCUUCAGACCCUUUGCCCCUCUGGGGUCUCCCGCGGGUCAGCGCAGGGGCAAGGCUCCAAAGACCUGGGGGACUGAGAUAUGAGCCUUCUGAUCCAGAACCUGUCAACACGAUGCACCAUGUAGAGUUUGCUCUUAACCACAGAUCUAAGAUCAGAUUACCUUACCCCCUAAACCUACCCUUAACCCAGUGGAGGCUGCUGAGGGGAGGACGGCCCAUAAUAAUAGCUGGAACGGACUAUUGGAAUGGCAUCAAAAAUAUGGAAACCAUGGUAACCAUAUGUUUGAUGUACAGUAUUUGAUACCAUUCCACCAAUUCCGCUCCGGCCAUUACCACGAGCCCCAAUUAAAGGUGCCACCAACCUCCUGUGCAUUAACCACAGAUCUAGGAUCAGAUUACCUUACCCCUAACCAUUAAAGGGAGGAAACCAUAUGACCUGGUUGGGAACAACUACUACCUCCUGUGUCUCUCUCUCUCAAAUUAUAUCUCUAAAUGACAGGGACUCUAAAGCCAUACAACAUAACAGACAGACGGACAGACGGACGGACGGACGGACGGAGAAACAAACAGACUGGAAUCAAACAGGGAUGGACAGAGAGACAGAUGGACAGAUGGAGAAAGUCAAGAUGGAAGACAGAGUCAUAAGAGAGAACAGAAUAACUCAGAAGGACUUCCAGAGCUCUACUCAGUCCUACUUGUGCAGAAAGCUCUGAAUCUCAGUUUACAUGUGGAUCUUCAUAGCAAUACCAUGUUGUUCUCCAUUACAAGUGACCCAAUAGACUGUCUAUGAACGAACGAACGCAAGAGACUAUACAUACUACAGAGCCAUAUAUAUGGUUCCACAAUUCCGGCAACUUUCCCAACAUUCCCAGAUUUUCCAGAAAUCCUGGUUGGAGGAUUCCGGAUUUUCUGCUUAUUCACUUCUGAUUCCAGGAAUCUUACAGCUAGGAUUUUUGGAAUUUUGGGGAAAGUUACCAGAAUUUUGCAACCCUAGAUAUAGAAUGGGAUCUCCGCCAAACUAGAAGGCGACACAGCCCUUCUCAAACUGUUGUGUUUGGCGACACAGCCCUUCUCAAACUGUCGCUGUGAACUGAACUGUGCUUGUCAUGUAUUUUUGCUGUGUUGUUUUAAUUUGUAUCUUUUAAAUCAUUGACAUACAUUGUAUUACCCUGAUUGAUUCUGUUUUCAUUAACUUGGAAUGUCUCUAU